AUGACAAAGACAAUCCAGAACGGCCGCUACAAGAUCCGGCGCUCUCAGGAUCAAGAAAGUGUAAUCAUCUCCGCAGGCAGCGCAAACUCCGUUGCCAUCCUCGCACCAGAUGAUUACCCUGGCGUGACCGGGAUCUGGAUCCUCACUAUCGAUCCCUCCAACCCCCCCUCAACCUCCGUCGCCUUGGAGGGCGCAGUGAGCGCCACACUGCAGCACGAACACACAAAGGCCUACCUAACCCUCGACAACCCCAAUUCUCCAUUGGUAUUUUCAAGCAUCCUUGUCUCGUCGGAUGCCAAGCAAGUGUGGACGAUUAACCCGGCGAUCUCGAAUGAGUACCAUAUCGUAUACCCUAAUCUGGUUGACGAGGAGGUCUUGGUGGUCGACAAUUCGUUGGAAGUGGUGUACCCGCGUCGGAUGGCGUUGCGCGAUUUUGAUAAUGACAUGACGUUUCCUUGGCGAUUUGAGCCUGUCGUUUGA